AUGAUUCCUUUCGGGCAAACUUCAAUAGAACGGCGGGAAAGUAAGAGAACGUUGUGAUUGUGGUUGUUGUGGUCGAAUUCGUGUACAAAAUCCUGCUUUGUCGCCUUCAUGCCUUGAAUUAUAGCAAAAGGAAAUUUGAUUAGUAUUGAAGCGACCCUUUAGGAACGAUGGAAGUCGACCUAUGUCGAACUGAAGCGAGCCUUGGGCUUGAUAACUCUGAAGACACUGUUACUGGUGUGUUGGGUGGCCAUGGCGAGAGUAUUCCAACAGCUUCCGUAAAAACUAUGACAGCCGAUGAGGGAGGGAAUACACCGCCCAAAAAAAUCAAAAGAAAACGAAUUAGUUCAUCUCCGUACAGCCCAUCUAUCACCGAAGGUUUUGGUAACAGUGAGGCUGGAGAACUGUUGACUCAGUUUCCUGAGCUCAAGGAUAUCUUCACCGUUGUCAGCAAAGUUGGUGAAGGUACAUUCAGCAAUGUGUACUUGGCGAAAAUGCAUGAUUUUCCUGAUGAGUUUUGGGCAUUAAAGCACAUUAUCCCUACGAGCGGUCCUGAGAGAAUUGAGAAUGAACUAAAAUGUCUUCAAAUUAUUGGUGGUAAGGAUAACAUCAUAGGAGUGGAAAUGACAUACAGGAGAAAUGAUCACAUUGUCUUUGUUCUUCCUUACUUUCCACAUCAAAAAUUCCAAGAUUACAUGUUAGAUAUGAGUGUUUGUGAGAUCAGGGAAUACAUCCGGAAUCUUUUUAUUGCUCUCAAGAGAGUACAUAGUUUUCAAGUCAUUCAUCGAGAUGUUAAACCAAGUAACUUCCUUUACUGUCGGCAGAGCAAAAGGUAUACAUUAGUGGACUUUGGAUUAGCAAUGUCAGUCCCUGGGAGUACCAGUUCCUUAUUAGGAUUGUCAAAUGGCAAGUAUAAAUCCACAGCAAUUUCUCCAAAAUCAUCCAAGCUUCCUACAAGAAGAAGCACCAGACUUUCACCUCAGAUAGAAAACAAAGACCUGGACUAUUCAGCCACUGGUGCAACCUUGAGCAGGGCAAACACUAGACCUGCCCUAGAACCCAGGAACGACCAAAACAUUAUAUUCACCAGGAGCACAAAGAACUUCAAAAGCCCUGGUGCCACGAAAACCAAAAAAUCGUCCAGGUCACCAUCAAGACAUGGUGGGGUCAAGCCAAGAUGCGCCGUCAAGCACAGUCCAGACGAGAUUUGUGCUACUUGCAUUAGCAGGGCCCAUCAGAACACCCCUCGUGCUGGCACCCCAGGGUUUAGGUCCCCAGAAGUGCUCCUUAAGUGCCCUGACCAAACGACCGCGGUGGACAUCUGGUCAGCAGGAAUCGUGUUCUUGUGUGCCCUUAGCGGCCGCUACCCAUUCUUUAGAGCCCAGGAUGACAUGACAGCUCUUGCACAAAUCAUCAGUUUGAUUGGAAGCUCAGAAUCCAUCCAUGUGGCCAAUGAUCAAGGCAAGGAUGUGGUGAUGAGUGAGAAAUGUCCCACUGGAAGUCUCAAGUCCGCUUGUCAGCGAUUGCGUCAAGGGUGUAGCAAGACUCAAACGUCCAAAUGUAUCUUGCGAGGUGCUGCAACAAUGCAGGGUUGCAUGCGGGAAGGGGAGCAGGAUGUUGAGAAGGAUUCUGGAGAUCAUCACCACCUUGAUAGAGAAGGUCAUAAAAUGAGUAAACGAUUCAAACGGCGAAGCCCAAACAUGCGGGACACCCCUGUAGACUCUGAAAACUCCAUAGCAAACUUGACCAAUGAUCAUGACUACUGUGCGAUGUGCAAAAUUAGUAACUCCAAGAAUUCCACACAAAAUUCAAGUUCAAAGAACACUGAUAAGGACUCUACUCCAGAUCACCGUAUAUCUCAUGCUUGUAAGGGCACGAGGUCUCAAGCAGGAGAAUCCUGUAGCAGUAAGAAACUGAAUUUCAACAAUUCUGCUCAGGGUUCUGAGACAAGCCGCCACGAGUGCCAUGGUGUACGGCAAGGUGGCGUCCACAUGGACGGAAGUGCGUGCAUGUGUUGUAGGUGUUGUUGGGCGGUGCCGGACUCCGCCUAUGACCUCCUGGAACGUUGUCUUGACUUGAACCCGUCCACAAGGAUCACUGCAAGCGAGGCAUUGUCUCACCCAUUCUUCCAAGGUGAACACUGCUAGGUGUACCUCUUGUAAAGUCUGAAUACUACUAGGUGCUUCUGGACAAGAAACCCAGAAACUCUCUGUGUACUAAAACCCUUGAAUACUAUUUAUAUAUUCCUUUAGUAAAAACUCUACUGUAUUACUAGAGGUGAUUUUAGUAAAUAUCCUAUACUUCUAUACAUGCCGUCUUUUCCUGUAUAAAGAAAACAACAGGAUUGUAUAAUAAGAACCUGAACUUUCUUCUUUCCCAUUCAAUGCUAUGCCGUGGGACAACAUACAGUAGAGGAGAGAAUUCAGAUCCUGGGCUAAGCCAUCUAGUGGUGGCCUUCAGAUCCUGAGCUAAGCCAUCUAGUGGUGGCCUUCAGAUCCUGGGCUAAGCCAUCUAGUGGUGGCCAUCAGAUCCUGGGCUAAGCCAUCUAGUGGUGGCCUUCAGAUCCUGAGCUAAGCCAUCUAGUGGUGGCCUUCAGAUCCUGGGCUAAGCCAUCUAGUGGUGGCCUUCAGAUCCUGGGCUAAGCCAUCUAGUGGUGGCCUUCAGAUCCUGGGCUAAGCCAUCUAGUGGUGGCCAUCAGGUCCUGGGCUAAGCCAUCUAGUGGUGGCCUUCAAAUCCUGGGCUAAGCCAUCUAGUGGUGGCCAUCUGAUCCUGGGCUAAGCCAUCUAGUGGUGGCCAUCAGAUCCUGGGCUAAGCCAUCUAGUGGUGGCCAUCAGAUCCUGGGCUAAGCCAUCUAGUGAUGGCCAUCUGAUCCUGGGCUAAGCCAUCUAGUGGUGGCAAUCAGAUCCUGGGCUAAGCCAUCUAGUGGUGGCCAUCUGAUCCUGGGCUAAGCCAUCUAGUGGUGGCCUUCAGAUCCUGGGGUAAGCCAUCUAGUGGUGGCCAUCAGGUCCUGGGCUAAGCCAUCUAGUGGUGGCCAUCUGAUCCUGGGCUAAGCCAUCUAGUGGUGGCCUUCAGAUCCUGGGCUAAGCCAUCUAGUGGUGGCCUUCAGAUCCUGGGCUAAGCCAUCUAGUGGUGGCCAUCAGGUCCUGGGCUAAGCCAUCUAGUGGUGGCCAUCUGAUCCUGGGCUAAGCCAUCUAGUGGUGGCCUUCAGAUCCUGGGGUAAGCCAUCUAGUGGUGGCCAUCAGGUCCUGGGCUAAGCCAUCUAGUGGUGGCCAUCUGAUCCUGGGCUAAGCCAUCUAGUGGUGGCCUUCAGAUCCUGGGCUAAGCCAUCUAGUGGUGGCCAUCAGAUCCUGGGCUAAGCCAUCUAGUGGUGGCCAUCAGAUCCUGGGCUAAGCCAUCUAGUGAUGGCCAUCUGAUCCUGGGCUAAGCCAUCUAGUGGUGGCCAUCAGAUCCUGGGCUAAGCCAUCUAGUGGUGGCCAUCUGAUCCUGGGCUAAGCCAUCUAGUGGUGGCCUUCAGAUCCUGGGGUAAGCCAUCUAGUGUUGGCCAUCAGAUCCUGGGCUAAGCCAUCUAGUGGUGGCCAUCUGAUCCUGGGCUAAGCCAUCUAGUGGUGGCCAUCAGAUCCUGGGCUAAGCCAUCCAGUGGUGGCCAUCAGAUCCUGGGCUAAGCCAUCUAGUGGUGUCUUUCAGAUCCUGGGCUAAGCCAUCUAGUGAUGGCGAUCUGAUCCUGGGCUAAGCCAUCUAGUGGUGGCCAUCUGAUCCUGGGCUAAGCCAUCUAGUAGUGGCCAUCUGAUCCUGGGCUAAGCCAUCUAGUGGUGUCCUUCAGAUCCUGGGCUAAGCCAUCUAGUGGUGGCCUUCAAAUCCUGGGCUAAGCCAUCUAGUGGUGGCCAUCAGAUCCUGGGCUAAGCCAUCUAGUGGUGGCCAUCAGAUCCUGGGCUAAGCCAUCUAGUGGUGGCCAUCAGAUCCUGGGAUAAGCCAUCUAGUGGUGGCCAUCAGAUCCUGGGAUAAGCCAUCUAGUGGUGGCCAUCAGAUCCUGGGAUAAGCCAUCUAGUGGUGGCCAUCAGAUCCUGGGCUAAGCCAUCUAGUGGUGGCCAUCAGAUCCUGGGAUAAGCCAUCUAGUGGUGGCCUUCAAAUCCUGGGCUAAGCCAUCUAGUGGUGGCCAUCAGAUCCUGGGCUAAGCCAUCUAGUGGUGGCCUUCAGAUCCUGGGCUAAGCCAUCUAGUGGUGGCCAUCAGAUCCUGGGAUAAGCCAUCUAGUGGUGGCCUUCAGAUCCUGAGCUAAGCCAUCUAGUGAUGGCCAUCAGAUCCUGGGCUAAGCCAUCUAGUGAUGGCCAUCAGGUCCUGGGCUAAGCCAUCUAGUGAUGGCCUUCAAAUCCUGGGCUAAGCCAUCUAGUGGUGGCCUUCAGAUCCUGAGCUAAGCCAUCUAGUGGUGGCCAUCUGAUCCUGGGCUAAGCCAUCUAGUGGUGGCCAUCUGAUCCUGGGCUAAGCCAUCUAGUGGUGGCCAUCUGAUCCUGGGCUAAGCCAUCUAGUGUUGGCCUUCAGAUCCUGGGCUAAGCCAUCUAGUGGUGGCCAUCAGAUCCUGGGCUAAGCCAUCUAGUGGUGGCCAUCAGAUCCUGGGCUAAGCCAUCUAGUGUUGGCCUUCAGAUCCUGGGCUAAGCCAUCCAGUGGUGGCCAUCAGAUCCUGGGCUAAGCCAUCUAGUGGUGGCCAUCAGAUCCUGGGCUAAGCCAUCUAGUGGUGGCCAUCAGAUCCUGGGCUAAGCCAUCUAGUGGUGGCCAUCAGAUCCUGGGCUAAGCCAUCUAGUGGUGGCCAUCAGAUCCUGGGCUAAGCCAUCUAGUGGUGGCCAUCAGAUCCUGGGCUAAGCCAUCUAGUGGUGGCCAUCUGAUCCUGAGCUAAGCCAUCUAGUGGUGGCCAUCUGAUCCUGAGCUAAGCCAUCUAGUGGUGGCCAUCUGAUCCUGGGCUAAGCCAUCUAGUGGUGGCCUUCAGAUCCUGAGCUAAGCCAUCUAGUGGUGGCCAUCAGAUCCUGGGCUAAGCCAUCUAGUGGUGGCCAUCUGAUCCUGGGCUAAGCCAUCUAGUGGUAGCCAUCAGAUCCUGGGCUAAGCCAUCUAGUGGUGGCCAUCAGAUCCUGGGCUAAGCCAUCUAGUGGUAGCCAUCAGAUCCUGGGCUAAGCCAUCUAGUGGUGGCCUUCAGAUCCUGAGCUAAGCCAUCUAGUGGUGGCCAUCAGAUCCUGGGCUAAGCCAUCUAGUGGUGGCCAUCUGAUCCUGGGCUAAGCCAUCUAGUGGUAGCCAUCAGAUCCUGGGCUAAGCCAUCUAGUGGUGGCCAUCUGAUCCUGGGCUAAGCCAUCUAGUGGUAGCCAUCAGAUCCUGGGCUAAGCCAUCUAGUGGUGGCCAUCAGAUCCUGGGCUAAGCCAUCUAGUGGUGGCCAUCAGAUCCUGGGCUAAGCCAUCUAGUGGUGGCCUUCAGGUCCUGGGCUAAGCCAUCUAGUGGUGGCCAUCAGAUCCUGAGCUAAGCCAUCUAGUGGUGGCCUUCAGAUCCUGAGCUAAGCCAUCUAGUGGUGGCCAUCAGAUCCUGGGCUAAGCCAUCUAGUGGUGGCCAUCAGGUCCUGGGCUAAGCCAUCUAGUGGUGGCCUUCAGAUCCUGAGCUAAGCCAUCUAGUGGUGGCCAUCAGAUCCUGGGCUAAGCCAUCUAGUGAUGGCCUUCCUCAUAAUCGAACAAUUACGUGUGUAUGAUACUGUAUAUUGUCUAUAUGUCUAUAAAUAAUGCUUUAAUAAAAACCUGAGACUACCGA